AUGGGCAUUUUGAAGGCAUACGUCCAUAACCGAGAAAAACCUGAAGGGAGCAUCAUUGAAGGGUACACCACUGAAGAAGUGAUUGAGUUUUGUGUUGACUACAUGUCAGAGAUAGAUUCAAUUAGUGUUCCAAGAUCUCGUCACGAGGGGCGACUAGCAGGUGUUGGCACCAUAGGGCGUGACAACUUCGAAACAGCGUACCACGCUAUCAUCAGCAGGCCUGCGCUGGCGAAGUUCAUGGCUGUACCGUACUACACCUACUCAUGGUCAAGAUGCCCGCACUACACCUACCUCAUGGUCAAGAUGCCUGGACCACAUGGCAUCAUCACACUGCGCAACGACAUCAAGCAGGCCUUCAGCUGCGAGGCGGAAAGCUGCGAAAUUGCACAACAGGCUGAAGAGUGGGCCGACCAGGAGCAAAUACGCGAGGCCUCGACUCACAAGACGGGGGACGAUGACCUACCAUCCAAAAAGACGACAAAGAUCACCUCUAACGAGAAGAAGUAG